AUGCGUCGUGUGUCACUUGCAGUUCUUUUUCACUUGGCGGCCUCUGUGGCGGCUCCCGUCCCCUGUCAGGACCAGCUGGUUCGUCUUCAGGCCACAGUCCGUCAUCUGUCCAGUGUGACGGCAGAGCAGCAGCGCUACAUUCAGCAGCUGCAGAACAGCCAAGCUCAGCUGCUGCAGCUGCUUCCACAUGCACACCUGGAUCUACAAAACCUGGGUCCACAGAACCAGGGUCCACAGAACCUGGGCCAACAGAGUCAGGGUCCACAGAACCAGUACCAAGAUUGCUCUCAGGUCUUCUCUGGUGGGAAUGUUGCCAGUGGUCUGUACGUGAUCCGUCCGGACGGUUCUCCUACGGCGUUGACCGUCUACUGCGACAUGAGUGACGGAGGAGGAUGGACAGUGUUCCAGAGGAGGACGGACGGCACACAGAGCUUUGACCGGUCAUGGGUGGAGUAUAAACAUGGCUUCGGUGACCUGUUUUCUCCUGCUGGAGAGUUCUGGCUGGGGAAUGACCCUCUGCAUCGCAUCACUUCACAGGGAGCCUAUGACUUGCGGAUCGCCAUGGAGGACUUUGAGGGUAACCAGCGCUAUGCAGAGUACAAGAACUUUAAAGUAGAUGAUGAAAAGGACCAGUACCAGAUGCAUGUGGGUGAAUACAGUGGGAAUGCAGGAGAUGCACUGGCUGAUGCACACACACACACACCUUCCGUUUCAGCUUCAGCUUCUGGAUCCAGGGUUUUCAAAUUCAGAACCCAUGAUCAUCCAAGCAGCGAUGAAACGGCAGACGCCAGGUGUUUCAGACACAGCAGGUCCGGCUGGUGGUUCAGCAGGUGUCACUCAGGGAACCUGAACGGUCAUUACUACCAGGGGCCGUACCAGGCCCUGGUGGACGACGGGGUGGUCUGGUACACCUGGCAUGGCUGGUGGUACUCCAUCAAGUCUGUGGUCAUGAUGGUCCGAGCCGCCCACCUGCGACAGAUGCUGCUUGAAGGAGCACUCCAGGAGGGUCCGCAUGGUCCAAUGGGCCCAGACCACCAGAACCACAGUCCAACGGGUCCAGACCACCAGAACCAGCAUCAUCUCACACAUUGAACAGAAGCCAAGCACUCAUUUUAACCCUUGAAAUCCAUGUGUAUCAUGUGUGCUCCUCCAGGUUCUCAGUCCUCUCUCAGGUUCUCAGUCCUCUCUCAGGUUCUCAGUCCUCUCUCUAAUCCUAACCCAGAUCAGUCCUUUCCUUCUAAACCUGUUGGAUUGGACCCAUCUGGGUUUGGUACCCCCCGGCGUAGACAGUGGAAGGGCUUCGACUUCUGUUCAAUAUGGACGCUGUCGUUCAAUCAUCUACACACUUUAUGCAGAAAGUCUGCCGUGGGAAUUUACAAACACUGACAUUAAGAACAACAUUUAUAUAGUUGUUCUUUUUUUUCAGUCCUUUCUGUAGUGAUUGUGCAGGUCUAGAAAGGACUGGAUCCAAAC